CCCGGGUGGUGCCCCCAGACACCUACCAGGCCCAGGCCAUGGUGGACAUCGUUAAAGCCAUGCGCUGGAACUAUGUCUCCACUGUAGCUUCAGAGGGAAACUACGGAGAGAGCGGAGUUGAGGCUUUUAUUCAGAAGUCUCGGGAGGACGGAGGUCUGUGUAUUUCGCAGUCGGUGAAAAUACCACGUGAACCGAGGAGCGGAGAGUUUGACAAGAUCAUUCGCAGACUGAGUGAGAACCCCAACGCCCGAGUAGUCAUUAUCUUCGCCAACGAAGAUGAUAUCAGGCGGCUCCUUCAAGCAGCUAAGAAGGCCAACCAGACGGGACAUUUCAUCUGGGUUGGCUCAGACAGCUGGGGCUCAAAAAUUGCCCCGAUUCUGAACCAGGAGGAAAUGGCAGAGGGUGCUGUCACCAUCCUGCCCAAACGACAGUCCAUUCGAGGGUUCGAUCGCUAUUUCAUCAGCCGAACACUGGAGAACAACAGAAGGAAUAUCUGGUUUGCAGAGUUCUGGGAGAACAACUUCCAGUGCAAGCUCAGCCGACAUGCUCUGAAGAAAGGAUCGGGCAUCAAAAAAUGCACAAACCAUGAGCGGAUCGGGAAAGACUCAUCCUAUGAGCAGGAGGGGAAGGUCCAGUUUGUGAUUGAUGCAGUCUACGCCAUGGCACAUGCUCUACACAACAUGCAUAAAGACCUCUGUCCCGGCAAAGUCGGCCUCUGCUCCAAGAUGGAAACCAUCAACGGGACCCUGCUGCUCAAGUACAUCCGCAAUGUCAACUUCACAGGAAUUGCCGGCACUCCAGUGGUCUUCAACGUGAAUGGAGACGCCCCCGGUCGCUACGAAAUCUACCAAUACCAGAUCACAAACAACACCACGGAAUACAAGAUCAUCGGCCACUGGACAGACCAGCUGCACUUGGAUACCAACGAGAUGCAGUGGCCCGGUGCAACGAACGAAGUCCCCUCUUCCAUCUGCAGCCAGCCCUGCCGUCCAGGCCAGCGCAAGAAGACGGUGAAGGGGAUUCCAUGCUGCUGGCACUGUGAGAACUGCGAUGGUUACCAGUACCAGGCAGACACUUACACCUGCAAGAUGUGCCGAUUUGAUUUGAGGCCUAAUGAGAACCACACUGGCUGCGUUCCAAUCCCCAUUGUGAAGCUGGAGUGGAGCUCCCCCUGGGCAGUCAUCCCUGUCCUCAUUGCUGUUCUGGGCAUCAUGGCUACCCUGUUUGUGGUCAUCACCUUUAUACGCUACAACGACACACCCAUUGUCAAGGCAUCCGGUCGAGAGCUCAGCUACGUCCUGCUGACAGGCAUCUUUCUGUGCUAUGCCACAACAUUCCUCAUGAUCUCCACUCCUGACGUGGGCAUUUGCUCUCUGCGGAGGAUUUUCCUGGGCCUGGGCAUGAGCAUCAGCUAUGCGGCACUGCUUACCAAGACGAAUCGUAUCUAUCGAAUCUUUGAGCAGGGUAAGAUGUCAGUCAGUGCCCCACGGUUCAUCUCCCCAGCCUCCCAGUUAGUCAUCACAUUCAGCCUGAUAUCGGUUCAGCUACUCGGGGUGUGCAUCUGGUUUGGUGUGGACCCAUCCCAAGCCAUCAUCGACUAUGAGGACCAGCGUACAGCCAAUCCCGAAAUGGCCCGUGGCGUUCUGAAAUGUGACAUAUCGGACCUGUCUCUAAUCUGCCUGCUGGGAUAUAGCAUGUUGCUCAUGGUAACCUGCACAGUUUACGCCAUCAAGACCAGAGGGGUGCCAGAGACAUUCAAUGAGGCCAAGCCCAUCGGCUUCACCAUGUAUACGACCUGCAUCGUAUGGCUCGCCUUCAUACCUAUCUUCUUUGGAACAUCACAGUCAGCAGAAAAGAUGUAUAUCCAGACCACAACCCUGACCAUCUCUGUCAGCCUCAGCGCGUCCGUGUCUCUGGGAAUGCUCUACAUGCCCAAGGUCUACGUGGUUCUCUUCCAUCCAGAGCAGAACGUACCCAAGCGCAAACGUAGCCUGAAGGCAGUGGUCACUGCAGCCACUAUGUCCAACAAGUUCAACCCCAAAGGUGGACUGCGGCCCAAUGGAGAAGCCAAGUCUGAACUGUGUGAAAGUCUGGAAACACAAGACUUUGUUGAGGGAGGGGAGCCUUGUGAGGGACUUUAGACGCUAAGUGUUGGCCUCCAAGCAGACAUACAUAAGCUACAGUAACCAUGCCAUCUAGGAC